AUGGCAUCUAUCGCUCGGUCAUUGACUCGCUCGGCACGAACUCUGGUCCCUAGGGGCCCAGGGCCCAUCUGCAGACGACCAUUCUCCGUCUCACCAUUCCGAUUUGUGUCCGAGGACCCCGUUAUCCCUCCACCUCCCAAGGACCUUAAAGCGGAGGACUAUCCACCAGCUCCUGAGUAUUCUCCAGAUAUGCUGAGCAAGGAAGAGCGGUCCAUGUAUGAUAUGCUGUCGCCAGAGGACCGAGCGGCCUUUGACGCGGAGAACCAGCGCCUAGUGGCCGAUUUCAACAAUCUCGAGAAGCGCGCCGCGGCUUUUGCGGAGAUUCAAAAGAGUGUCGAUCAAAUCGACAAGCAAGAAGACCUUCGAUUUGAAGAUGUGCGACUCAAGACCCGCGGUUUCUGGGCUGAAGAUGACGGAGAUGAGAUGGCGCAAGUGGAAGACGGCGACGAAGACAUUCAAGAUGAUGAAAUCACCUCAAUGGCACACGCCGAAAUGGAAUUGCACCGAGAGAUGCGAGAAUAUGCCCGCAUCGCUGCUUGGGACUUGCCGAUGCUUAGCAAACUCGCCAAGCCCUUUGAUCUGCCCCCAAAAACACACAUCCUCCGAUUCCGUUACACAACGUACAUGGGCGAGCAACAUCCAGCUGAACCCAAGGUCGUCGUUGAGCUCGCGUCUCGUGAUCUCACCCCUACAUAUCUUACCGAGGCUCAGCGUCAGACAUUCCUCAAGCUGGUCGGUCCCAGAUACAACCCGCAGACCGAUAUUGUCAAGAUGUCAACCGAGCAGUUUGGUUCACGAGCCCAGAACAAGCGUUACCUGGCUGAUGUGGUCAAUGCUCUUAUCCAAGAAGCCAAGAAGGGUGACGCCUUUACCGACAUUCCUCUGGACUUGCGCCACCACAAGCCUAAGUUCCGCCUGCAGUUCCCCGAAUCUUGGAACAUGACCGAGCAGCGCCGGGAGCAGCUGGCCGCACGCCGCCAGGAGCGUUUAAAUGCCCAAGCUUCCCGUGAAGCUAUUGUUGAUGGCAAUCAGAUUGUGUCCGAGGCCGCGCUAUCCCUUCCCGAGCUGAAUCCCGCACUGAAGGCUCGUGCCACGGAAGAGCGUGAAAAGGUGGCCGUCAAGGUUGCGGCACGGCCAUCCAAGAAGGGACUUCGCCGAUAA